UCGGUCGCGUGACGUUUGCAGUGAACGGAGUACCAACGUCCACGGGUGAUGCGAACCCGUGCGUGAAUACUUACGUGAUAGUUACUCGUUCCCGAUGAUGGUACGUCGAAGUGGACGGUACACUGUUAACUGGAGAGGGUUCAGAGACUACGUUAACAAUAAACCCCCUGAUGACGAAGAGCCGGAAAAACAACCUGAGGAUUUAUCAAACCAUGAAGUGAUCUUUUUGAAAAGUAUUGUUGAAAGUCCAGACUUUUGCAGAAAAUCUGUCUCGAUAAACUCUGAGGAGGAUUUGUAUGUGAAACCUGUCUCCUUGGAUAAUGUAAACAUAAUAAGAAGUUUGAGCGAGUAUCGAGGCAACAACAUACGUACUAUCGAACAAGCAGAACUAGCUAUAUUACUGUCUCGAGUACACUUUAAGGCACUGAUUUCUGCUCAUGAUCAAAUUGGAAAGAUUUGGCUGGAAAGAGGCUCAGGUGUAGAUGAGAUAACAAUAGUGAAAGAAGCGGAAAAAGACAUUGCACAAGCUACAGAUUUGAGUCCGACUCAAAAUCCAAAUAUGCCUGUUGAAACUGUGAAAGUUGUGGGUCUUAGGAAAGUACCUGGCCAACCAUUAGGCUUAACUGUAACAACUGAUGAACAUGGGCAGUUGAUAGUUGCUAGAAUUCUUGCUGGCAGUGCCGCUGCUAAACAAGCUCUAUUAACUGUUGGAGAUGUACUCCUGGAAGUUGAUGGAGUCCAAAUAGACACGGAGGAACAGCUCAAGGAAGCUGUUUCUAAGCCUAAUGACAGAGUCACUCUUAAAGUGGGACCAAACCUUAAAGAAAAGAAUGCUCAAUUACCUAAUAAACUUAGUUGUUACAUGAGAGCUCUGUUCGAUUACAACCCCUCAGAGGACACUUUGUUACCGUGCAAAGAAAUCGGCUUAGAAUUCAAAAAGGGUGACAUUUUACAAGUUUCAGAUAGAAAAGAUCCCAAUUGGUGGCAAGCAAGUCAUGUAGAGAAGCCGGAGGAAGUUGGCUUAAUACCUUCACCGGAACUGGAAGAGAGACGUAAAGCUUAUGUGCCACCGGAAGCAGAUUUUGUUCAUAAAAUUAGUAUAUGUGGAGCGAGGAUAUCAAAGAAGAAAAAGAAGUUUGUAUACGAGUCUCGGUCGAGCGUUCAAUUGGAGGGAGCAGAGUUGACGUUGUAUGAGGAAGUGGCUCGCACUCCGCCCUUCCUGAGACGCGUGCUGGCGCUAGUAGGCACCCGAGGAGUGGGGCGACGUACUCUUAAGAACCGGCUCAUACAGGAACAACCUGACAGAUUCGGAGCUGUUGUGCCCCACACAUCUCGUCCCCCUCGUCCAUUAGAGGAGAACGGUCUAUCGUACUGGUUCGUGUCUCGCGAGGAGAUGGAACGGGACGCUCACGCCGGUCGUUUCCUCGAGUACGGAGAACACAAUGGACACUUAUAUGGAACGCAUUUAGACUCCAUUAGAGCUGUUAUCAAAGAAGGUAAAAUGUGCAUUUUGGAUUGUGCGCCGCAGUCGCUGAAGCUUUUGCACAACAGCAGUGAGUUCUUGCCAUAUGUCGUGAUGAUCGCCUCCCCCGGCAUAGAACAGCUGAGGAACCUCACGUACGCCUCCAACAGAAACCUUACGUUCGACCGGCAGAGCUCCAUCCGCUACAGCUCGCGCCGAGCGCGCACGUUGGAGUCGCUAGCGUCGCUGUAUGAGGAAGAAGAUUUGAAGCAGACACUAGAGGAGAGCGCCCGCAUCCAGCGCCAAUACGAAAAAUACAUUGACCUCAGUCUCACCAACCACAACGCUGACACCACCUACGCUCGACUCCUUGACGCGCUGCACGCCCUCGCCACCGACCACCAAUGGGUACCUGUCACAUGGAUAUACUGACCAAAACCUACCAUCACCAUCUACCACCACAUCAACAUGAACCCAAAAGUUGACCAACCAGUGUGGGUGUAACCAAAUACCUAAGAGCUACUUCCACUAAUCCUGUUAACAUAACCUCCAAAAGUUGACCAUCCAUUGCGGAUAUAACAGAAUCUCUAUUCACAAAACUAUUAAGACCUACCUCUGUAACAACAGAAAUCCAUUAUUGUACAAUCAGUGCAGGAAUAACUUUUGAUUCCCCAUCUGUCUACUAUUACCAGAAUAUCCACAUACCCACAAAAUGCUUAGAUCAGUUAAGGUGUAAUUAAUAACAGUCUCCACAUCAAUAAUAAUUCAGUAACUAAAGUUUCUUGUCAAGAAUUUGCACACUUACCUCAAGUUUCUGUUAUCUUAACCUAUAUCAUAUUAUUAUUGAGUAUUGCUUAAUUAUUAGUGACACACAUAAAAACUACUAAUAGGUCCUAAUCUGUUGGCCAGUCACUUUGCUUGGACUAAUAUAAAAAAUGGCUAAAUAAGAUUUAAGUAUUCAACACUGACACAAUUAAUCUCAAAAACUAUAACUUUCAAAUAACACAAAGUAUUAAAAUAACAAAAAGUAUUAGUAUGCCUUAUUAAUCACAAUUUUUUUUAAAAGAAUUAUACAAAUGUUUGUUUAAUGGCUGUUCUUAUUAACUGUCUGCUUAGCAUAGUCUUUAUAAAUGAGAAUUUAUCGGCAUAAGCUUUUGAAAUUCAAAUUAUUCUUACAGAUUUAAAUCACAAUUUCACAACAAUUAUACAAACUUUACUCUUGAGUUAUAUUACAACACAAAUUAAUACAUAACAAUAAGUGUAUAAAGUUCAUUUUGCUUCGUGUAGUAUUUUAAGGUAUACCAAGUAAUCUCAAUUUGUUUCUAAGCUGAAACUUUAAUGUCUAUAUUAAAAUAUCAUUGUAAUCAUUCCAACAAGUGUUACCAUUACAAUAUACCCGCUAUUCACAUAAAAUCACAACUUUUAAAAUUAAAUAUCCCACCAAACUAUGUAUUGGUUAGGUUAUAGAACAUUUAAUUUUAAAGUUAAAAUAAGUUUACAUUAACGCCUACUUUAAUUAUAACUGUGUGCAUUUAAAGUAGAUAAUAUCAUACAUAAUCUAGCAUAAUUAAGCCUCGAAUAUUUUUAUAUAAAAUUUUCAGAGUAAUUUAGCUUGUGAUAAGUUGCUUUUUAGCUAUAAGAAUUUAAAUUAGAAAGACAUCACUCACGAAAAUCACAUAUUUUUCUAUAUAUUAUGAUUUUUUUUUUUUGUAUCUCUAUUUUUAUGGGCAGCUUAUAACUGUUAACAGAGUUGUAUCUGUAAGUGCUUUUGUGCUAUAGAUAUUAUAAAAUGGCAAUGUAAUAUUAGCUUGUAGUAUUUUACAUUCCGUCCAUAUUUUUAUUUUGUUAUUUAGCUGUAAAUUUUAUUGUCUCAAUUAUUUUUAAUAUACAUUAUGUAAUAUUAUUCUCUUUUUAUUUCGCCUUUAACUUCUGUAUACUUAAUUGAAAAAUGCAUUAAAUAAUUUGAAUAAA